AUGACAGAAGAAUUUAACUUUGAAGAACAUUCACAUCGUAGAUUUAACCCCUUAACAAAUUCUUGGGUAUUAUGCUCACCACAUCGAACAAAAAGACCAUGGCAAGGACAGAAUGAAGUCAAUAAUAAUGAAUUAUUGCCAGAAUAUGAUCCAAAGUGUUAUCUUUGUCCUGGCAAUGAAAGAGCUCAAGGAGCCAAAAAUUACAAUUAUGAAAAUACAUUUAUAUUUAGCAAUGAUUUUGCUGCUGUUAAAAUUGAACAACCAGAAUACUUACCUCAAGAGCAAACAGAUAAAUUUUCGAACUUGUUACGUGCUGAAGGGGUUAGAGGUGAAUGUAAGGUAAUGUGCCUUUCUCCAAAGCAUAACAUUACCGUAGCAGAAAUGACAGAGGACGCAAUAUUGCAUGUAAUUCAAUCGUGGAUAAAAAUAUAUCAAGAAAUGUCAACCAAACCUUAUAUCAAUUAUAUUCAAAUAUUUGAAAAUAAAGGAUCAAUAAUGGGAUGUUCAAAUCCACACCCACACUGUCAAAUUUGGUGUACAGAGACCAUACCAGAAGAACCAUCAAAAGAGUUACUUUCAAUGAAAAAUUAUUAUGAAAAAAAUCAUUCCUGUUUAUUAUGUGAUUAUAUUUAUCUUGAAACGAUUAAAUUAAAACAAAAGCCACGAAUAAUUUGCGAAAAUGAUUCCUUUUUAUGUUUAACACCAUUUUGGGCUAUUUGGCCUUAUGAAACUAUGAUCAUAUCAAAAUCUCAUAUUAUUAGUUUAUUUGAUUUGAAUGAUAGGAAUAAAUUACAACAAGAUCUUGCUAACAUUAUCCGUAGAAUUACUUGUAAAUAUGAUAAUGUUUUCAAAUCUUCCUUUCCUUAUUCAAUGGGAAUUCAUCAAGCUCCUGUUGAUGAUAAAGAUCAUACGAAUGAUUCACAUUUACAUUUUCAUUUUUAUCCUGCUUUAUUGAGAAGUCCAACUAUUAAGAAGUUUUUGGUUGGAAUAGUCAUCAUUUCCGUCGAUACAGCACUUCCGUUUGUAUUCCUCUGGCGAUUCGCCAAGCCCCUACUAUUUUCUAUACUACCAGUCUCAAUGAAGUCGAUGGAAGAGACCCAAAGAACUCCAGAGAUCAUUGUUAGCUGGGGUAAAGAAAGGAUUCACCUUGAUUUUGAAUUACAAGGGGCAGGAUCGCUAGAGGAAACUACUUUGAAACAAUUAAAAGAACGUCUGAAAAAAGUUACUGGUGUACCUGUGAAUGGACAAAAGUUGGUGUUUUCCGGAGCUGUAAUGAAAGAUAAUACGGUCAAAUUAGGUUCAUUCGGACUUCACCCAUUUUCAAAAAUACUCUUAAUUGUUCAAACAUCAACAGGUUCACCGGAAGAGCAUGCUUUGAUAAAGAGAAUUUCAGAAUCCAUUGAAAAAACGAGAACAAAAUUAAUUCCACAAAUUGAAUCAUUUGAAAUUUCUAUUUCAUCCUUUCUUUCUGAACAAGAUAAUGAUAAAGACACGACUGAUACGAUUAAAUCAAAAUUAGUGGAAACUCAUCAUUAUAUCGUGGAAGCUUUAAUGCAAACCCUACUUACUUUAGAUGAUGUUGCUUGUCCUCCUGAAUUUGAAACAGCUAGGAAAAAAAGACGGGAGGCUGUUAAAUACACUCAAGAUUUAAUUGAUAGAGUUGAUGUUGUUAAAGAACAGUUACAAAGCUCUUCCUCUAUUAAUAAUAAUAAAGGAUCUUCACCUUCCUCAUAA